AUGUACAGCUACGACAAGUACCCUCUUCGGGGGGCCUCGCGGGGCCCCCGGGGCAGCCGCAGGCAGCAGCAGCAGCAGCAGCAGCAGCAGCAGCAGCAGCAGCCAUUCCCUGUUGACAGAAUCGACGUGAGGGCUUUCAUAGAAAAGGCGAAACAAAUAGAGCCAGUUCUUAGCGAGUCUUUGGUGCCGCAAAUCAGCGAGUGGUAUGCUUCCACUCGUUUUGACGAGCAGCAGGAAGAAAGGCUUUUUGGCUCUUUGCCUUCUUACACAACAGCAAGGGCUCUUUUGGCUUUGCUGCGCCUUUCCCAGGCGCUGGCGCGGCUGCGGCUGUCGCCGCUGGUGGAGGCCGGGGACUUCGAAGAAGCGCUGCGGCUGAUGGAAGCUUCGAAGGCUUCCGUGAGAGCAGCAGAAGAAAACAGAAAACUCAAAAAGAGAGACUCCGUCUCCCAGGCGGACGCGGAGCCGGCUGAUAGAGGAGCAGGGCCACCGGUGGGACGGCAGGCGCUGCAGCAGUACGAAGAGUUGCUGCUGCUGGCCUUCAACGCAGACCGCAGCAAAGUGGCUUUCGUCGAGGAAGCCAGGGAGCACAGCGACGCAGACAUCCCUGUCGACAGCUAG